AUGUUCUAUCAUUUUGGUCUAAUUGAUCCGGAAAAGUAUGUUGCUUUCAGAUAAUCUAAUCAAAAUUUGUAUUUUACAAAUGUAAUUUUUAUUUAAAAAUCCUCUUUUUUCAGGUUGAAUGUCUUGAGACAAAUGGAUCUUAAAAUCGAGGAUCAGGAAGACAGAUAUAGAAAUGUAAGUGACCCAGAUCUAUAAGGUUCCUUCAAAAAUGUCAAAUUACAGUACACUGUGACCUAUGUUUUGCCCCUUUCAAAUCAUGACAAUUCUUCGCUUAUGCUCAUUGCUGCAUUUUAUGCGUUGUUAUUCAUGUUCGGAACUUGUGGAAAUGCGGCAAUUCUAGCGGUGGUGAAUCACGUCAAAAGUCAGGAUUUAAGGUAAGUCAAAUUGAUGUCAUUUUUCUUUCUUGAGAAGGUAUCAUUUUGGCCUAGCUUGUGAAAAUUAGUGAUUUACUCUAAUUAUUAGUUUGCUAACUAGUUAUUAGCUAUGAAAAGAGCUGAACUGAUUUGUUAGAAUUGUGAAUCAAAAUUUUCAGAAAGUUUUCAGAAAAGGGACUUUUCCCAUUUUUGAAAGUUGGGCCCUUUUUCUCAGAACUCCGUGCAUUUCUCACAAUGCACUACAGUAGUCCAAUGAUUUUGUGUCUGAAAAAAAUUAGAUUAUAGAAAGAAAAAAGUUUCUCAUUUGAAUGAUUUUUAUUUGGGAUAAAAAUAACUCGGGUGGUCUUUGGAAUCAAGCUGAACUUUUUGAGGAAAUUGAAUUGGAAAAAUGAUGUAAUUCGAAAAAUAUAUGACAUAAUAUGUAUUCUCUAAAGUGAGGAACAUGCGGUUACUGUAACAAAAUUACUGUAGCUCAGAAUUUAGAUUAACAUUUUCGAAAACUCAGUGUCAAAACUUUCAAACUAUAAAUUUUCUUCAAUGAAACAAGUCAUAGGGAAGUCUUUUAAAAAUUGUUUCAAAAAUAAUCCAAGCCCCCUCAAUUUUUCAAUUUGCAAAAUCCGAAAUAGUUUUCAAAAAAAAUUAAUUUUUCUCAACUCUUAAAAAAAUUCCCAUUACAAUCUGAGUUCAAAAACUUCCCAAAAAUGUCUAGCUUUCUCAGAAAAACCAGCAUCAACAAAUGCUCAAAUUCCUAGAACUUGAUUUUAGAGAUUAAUCCAUCGAUGCCUCAUGCAUUUUCCGAAGCCCCAAAAUGUUUCUGUUUCUCAUUAAUUUUUUCUUGAAUAGAAAAAAACCAGAUUUCAAAAAUCUACAUCAAAACCACCUUUUUUUGCAGAUCAAGACAUAAUACAACUCUAACUUAUAUAUGUAUUUUGAGUAUCGUUGAUUUUCUAUCAAUGUUACCGAUUCCAAUGACAAUUAUUGAUCAGGUAUAGAAAAUAAAUUCUGGAAUUUUUCAGAAAUAAAUUGAGAUUUUAUAGAUCCUUGGAUUCUGGAUGUUCGAUACUUUUGCUUGCAAACUUUUCCGUCUUCUCGAACACAUUGGCAAAAUUUUCAGCACCUUUAUUCUGGUCGCCUUCUCAAUAGAUCGAUAUUGCGCAGUUUGUCAUCCACUUCAAGUAAGUUUCACUUCCUCUUUUCCAGAAAACAUUUUUUUUCAGAAAAAAGUUCUUUUUUUUUACCCACACAACACAAUAAGUCUAAUAAGCUAACUCGUGAUUAUAAUCAUCAAUAAUACAUGAUAAUUUUGAAUGAGAUUUUAUUAGUGUGAAAAAAAAGAGUGAGGAGAUGUAGGCAUAGAAAAAAAGGACAAUGGGAAAAUUACCAUAUGAUGUGCACUUUCCGCUUUGUUGAGUUUGAAAAACAACCCCCGAUUCAUAUGCUUUUUAAUCAAGUUUUUUUUGGAGAGUUGGUAACAUAUAUCACAAAGAUUUUUUUGAAGAAAUAUCAAGAUUGCUUCUGGAACAUGACAACUAGAAAAAAUAAUAUUUUUGAAAAUUAAAUCAAGAUACGGUUUUCAUCAUGUUGGAAAGAUGAAACCAGGAAAAAGAAAAGUCGGAAAAUUUUUUGAAGUCUUCAAAUUCAAAAUUUCAGCACUAAAUUGGUUGUGAAACUUAAUUUUAUCUGGAAUUUUUUCAUUUACAGAUGAUUUAGUAACUGUUUGAGAUUCCAAGAAUCAAAAUAUUUUUUUUCAAAAUUCAGACUUCAAAACUUGGCCGAUUGUGAAGAUAUUACUACUAAAAAUCACUUUCCGGAAAACCAGAAAAUGGAAUUUUCUGUGAAAAAAUCGGAAAAUUCUGAAAAUUUCGACCUAAAUAGCCUAGCUCAAAAACUUGUAGGUUUCAAAAGUAUGAAUUCACAAAAAAAAGUUUUAUUCUGAUUUUUUUAUUUUAGAAAUUGAAACUGUAGAGUUCAAAACUUCAACACACAACAUAAUAUUCAAAUCACAUCAUAAUAAAUUCCAUGCAAUUGUCGCCGCGAAAAUAAUUCAAUUUGUCAACCUUUUGGAAAAAUUUAAAAUUCCCUCAUCACGCGGAAACGUGACAGAAUCAAAAAUUCCACGCAAUCCGAAAUUUUUUUGAUCUAUAUUGUGGUACGAGAUCAAACAUAACUUUCAGAUUCGGGUCCGCAAUCAACGAACGGUUUUCAUAUUUCUUGGUGCAAUGUUUUUGGUAACCUGUAUUAUGUUGUCUCCGAUUCUCCUCUAUGCUCAUUCAAAAGAGCUCAUUAUGCAUGAAAAAAUUGAUGUGACUCAAGAAGUUAUCACAAGAAUGCAUUUGUAUAAAUGUGUUGAUGAUUUGGGACAAGAGUUGUUCAUUGUUUUCACGCUCUAUUGUUUUGUUUUGGUAGGUUUGAUAAAACAAUCUGAUUGAUUUGCUAACAAUUUUGAAAUUCAAAAAAGGCUCACGAAGAAAGUGGAGAUUUUCAACAAGACAAGCAUGUUUCUGUACAGUUUUUCACGCGGAGAAAGAUCCAGUUUUCAUUUUUUUCUAAGCGACUCUCUAUAGAGCCAAAAGUGGAGAAUUUUUGAAAUUUUGGUGUUUUGAGAGCAUGUUAGAAUAUAUUUUAUUAAAAACAGAGAACAAGCAAUGUUCAGGAAGGUUGAUUUACCAAAGUCAAAAAUUUUAAAAUCCUAUUUUCUGACCCACAGAAUUGUUUUCUGAAUUUGUGACUUUGUAAAAUCGGCCGUUCUGAACAACGUGAUGCAUUAAAUUUUUAAAGAAAAAUUCCAAAAAGCUUUUAAGCUUAAAAUUAAAAUUUUUAGGCUUAUUUAAUGCCCCUACUCUUCAUGAUUUAUUUCUAUUAUGAAAUGCUCAUCCGACUGUUCAAACAAGCAAAAGCAAUCAAACAAACAUUAGCCGGUCGACGAAGUAACGAAGAUAAAAAAUUGCAAAUUCCAGUCGGCCAUAUUGCUAUUUAUACCUUGGCAAUUUGCUCCUUCCACUUCAUCUGCUGGUAAAAAACAUUUUUUUUCAGAGAAUUCAGAUAGAAACCCUUAUGUAAAUUAUUUUUCCAGGACUCCCUAUUGGAUUUCCAUAUUGUACUCAUUGUAUGAAGAAUUGUAUCAAACCGAGAGGCAAAAUUCAACACCGCCAACUUAUGCGUUCAUUUAUUUUAUGUAUGGUGUACAUGCGUUACCGUAUAUUAAUUCGGCGUCGAAUUUUAUUUUGUAUGGGUUACUGAACCGACAGGUGAGAGGAUUUUUCAGACUUGGGUUUGAGAAAUUUUAGAUAAAUAAAAAUCUUCUAAAUAAUUUUCCAGCUUCACAACACUUCUGAGCGAAAAUACACUCGAAAUGGUGGACUUCGCCCCGCAUCUCACGCAAUAACAACCAACACUAGACCAGAAUUUAGUGAACUGAUAGCAAUUCGUAAGUCAAAAUAUUUUUUUGUUGUUGUCUGCAUGUUAAUUUUUUUUGUGCAUGACUCAAAUAUGAUAACAAAAAGUUGCAGAAUCUCCACUUCGUCCAGAUUCGCGUCUUUCAACUUUCGAAAAAGAAAAAGAUAUUGCAGUGAUGAGUCCGCUUGUAGUUCAAGAGCCAAAUGAAAAACAACGAGUUUGAUUUUUUUUCAUUCAUUGAUUUCUUUCUGAUUCCAUUUUUUUAUGUUCCGACUCUUUUUGCACCCUGUUUUUAGUUUUUUUUCUUCCUUUUUUUGUUUUGAUUUCAUUCCGCAACUAUCUUUUGCCCGCCUUCUUUCUGGAGAUUUGGAAAAUUUGAGAAAAAACGUUUAGGAUACGACAAUCAAAUUCAACAUCAUCGAUGCUGACGAUUCAAUUUUUAAUUGGAUUACUCCUGAUACAGAUUCAGUUAUUCUAUAA